UGGUGGUGCCUGGGAGAACGAGGAACUCUCUUGUGUACUUGUUGCAAGCACCGGUGCUACAGUGCGACGUGAACUCUCCUACUUUACGAGCAACCGGAAAGUCGCAAGCGAUGUUGAAUAGGGCGAUGCGGACAAGAGCUCCAUUAGGCUACUGGUCCAGGCAUGAAACGCUCGGUGUGCGACAAAUUGUUGAUAGGUCUUUAUUUUUUUCCCGGCCCAGAAACAUGCACGCAACCUAAUCGAUGCAUGGAUGGUACUGCUUGCGGUACCCUAUUGCUGAAGCCACCAUCCAAUACUCGUAACAGCCGUCGUACGCCUAUCAAACAAUACGCAUACAUACCGUUGCAGCACACCUUUAGACGAUUCUUCUUACGGUAUGGCUUCGAAAGCAAGAUCGAGCAAGGGAGAAGGCGGAUGCCUGUUGUAGGCCAGUUCAGUGAUGUAUACGACGGUGCGAUGUGGCGACAGCUGCGUGAUCCCCACAAUAACAAUAUACGCUUCGCUGAUACCCCUCGUUCGUUAAUGUUGACCUUGAACGUUGACUAUUUCGCCCCUUUUGACAGCAACUAUUCGUGUGGUGCCAUAAGUUUCACCGUGGCAGGUGGGACAAGAACUGUUUCGAUCAAGACCGAAAUAAAGCUGAGGAGGAGGACUGCUGCUCGCUCUGAUAUUAUUAAAGUAUCAUUCUCUAAUGAGCAGCAUACCUUCUUGAUCAUUGAUCACGCCAUUGAAGUCUAUGUCAACUGCAGGAUUGACAUCGUCCUCGCCUAUGGUUCCUACAAGCGGUUCUUCUGUUCCUGGGGGUUAACUGCAUGGCCCUCCAUUGCCGAGAUCCAAAAACGCCUGCCAACAAAAAGGCCAUCUAAAAAGAAAUGGUGGCGUUUGGUUGCUCUGAUAUGGUUUUCCCUUGACUGCUGUCAUGUCUACCUCAACCAGCAAUGAACAUAUAUCUCGCAGUAACGAAAAGACUGUCAUGCUGUCGAAGCCCGUAUUGUGACAAGUCCUAUCAGUCGAUACAGAAAGCCGUUAACCAUAUUAUCGCAGUACAUCAUAUACGACUUGAACGCCGUGAGUCGGGUUCUCGCAGUAAUGCUGCAUACAAUCAAAGGAAUGUGCGGAAAUACGAAAAGCUUGGCUAUACGAUCUUAACUUACUAUGGCUGUGUGUCCUGCAAGGAGGUGUUCGCUGAGAAGGAAGAAUUACGUCGACAUUGCGAUGCCAACCAUGUCAUUACAACUCUGUAUGGAAAUGGGUAAAUAGGAAAGGAUUGUCAAACAUUGUGUAUGGAUGGCGAAGCGGUGAGGCAGACAA